CAACAAAAUUGAAGUAAAUCAUAAAUUAUCCAUAAAUAACAUAUUAAUUGAAGGCGUCUUCCUUUCAAUUAAGUUUCUUCACUCUCCACUCGAUAACACAAACUUCAUUCUACACAAUUAGAAAGAAAAAAUUAGACAUGUCUCCACAAACAUAAAUAAGAUUAGUUGUUUAAAAUAUUAAAUAUACCUAGAAAAUUAAUUAUAUGUGUGGGCGGGUACCCACAAGUCGGGUUUACCUAAACCCAAACCCAACCCAACCCGGUGAAUAGUGAACGGGUUUAAACCCAAACCCAACCCAAAACCCGUCAACACGGAUUUUACCCGCGUUGACCGGAUUGGGUCGGGUGGGUACCUGUGGGUUCGGGUUUGGUUGCCAUCCCUGCUCACUGUCUCCCUGCGCUAUAUCUCUUCUUCAACGCCGGCGCAUUUAAAAACGAAGGCCAAAGACCCUGGAAUUAUUGGUGUACAUCAAAAUCCGAUCAAGUAGGUAAAAAGGUAAAGCUGCCGCCCGUUGCUGCCAUCUCAAUCGUCCAGGUACCUCUCUGCUCUGCCUUUGUUUUUAGAAUCUAGCUUCAAAGACGGGUACUUUUUCCCCAUCGGCGGCGGCGGCGGCCGCUCCUAUCUGUAUCAUCCGACGGUUGGAUAACAUCAGUUCAUACUCUGUGCUGCGCGGCUUUUUAUGUUGUAAUUAGCAAAAGAUGACAACGAUAGAAUCAGGCGCGAAUCGCCCUCGUAAAACAUCCAACAGCGGUAUGCCUUCCGCCGCCGAUGCAUCAGCAAAAGCUCAUGAGAGCGCAAUUGGGUCGUUCAAAAGAUGGGGUAGGAGGCAUCCGUUUGUGAGAUAUGGGCUUCCCAUGAUUUCCCUCACAGUGUUCGGUGCUCUUGGCCUUGGUCAUCUCUUGCAGGGCAGCAAGGAUAUUGCUAAAGUAAAAGACGAUCAAGAAUGGGAGAUCCUCGAGACUAGGAAGGCACUGUCGAGGACGGGCCCUGUCAAUGCAUAUAACCCCAAAAAGAUUUCGUUGGAGGAGGAGCUACAGGCUCUCCAACAGAAAGUGAAUAUCGACGACUACGAGUACAAAAGAAUUCCAAAGCCAGAUGAAGGCAAGUCAGUCUAGUCUGAAGCUUUCCUACCCCGUGCCAGCCUCACAAAGCAGUGGGACUUCAGACAUUGUUCUUGAUCUGGGUCCUUCGCACCUUUUGCUUCAGCCGAGUGAAAAAAGAUGGAUCCAGGCAUCAAAAUUUUGGCUCGAGUAUUGUUGAUUAGCCCCUUCUAGUGAAAUUAUCUGUAGCUUUAUCUGUCCAAGUUUUCUUGGCAAGUCGGUUGAAUCGUAGGUUGAACUAAAUUGGAGCUUUUGGC